CCCCGCCCCACAAACACACCCAGCAUAUCCCGGGGAGGGCGAGAAGAGGCGGCAGCCCGGCCACCCGUGUCCUGGCCCACAGACUGCGGCGAUGCAUCCAGAGGCACAGGCGGCCUACAGCUCCUAUCUGCAUAUGCCUUCCCAUUGCAAAAUUGGCACUGAGACAUCAGCUUCUUCUCUUCUAAGUGACUUUAAGAUGGAGCCACCUGAGCAACUUCUGGAUAGUGACUGCAGUAUGCCACAGGCUGAACCAGUUGAUCUCUCUGUACAUAAGCCAAAAAUCACUGUUCUGAGACCUCAGAGUCCUCCUUCUACCACUUUCACAUCAUCCAGUACAGUUCUUUCAGCACAUCCUGUGGUCUCGUUGUCUGGCUUAAGUUCUGCAGUUCCUGCUGUACUUUCUCCUGGUUCAAUUUUGGCAUCCACACAAGGCAGUGGUGGGCAGCAGAUCCUUCAUGUCAUUCACACUAUCCCUUCAGUCAAUUUACCCAGUAAAAUGGGCAGUUUGCAAACCAUUCCUAUUGUAGUACAGUCACUGCCUGUUGUAUAUGCAACGCUGCCCACAGAUGGUGUUACUGCAGCUAUCACUGUACCACUAAUAGGAGCUGAUGGGAAAUCAACAGGAGAAACCCGUGGAUUAUUGAUCCGGUCACCAGCAUCUAAAAUUGAAGAUUCAGAUUCAAGGACUGAUCAGUUACCAUGUGAUCUUGGACAAGUUGAUUUAUCUGAUAAUUCAGGAAAAGCAGAUCCAAAUUCAAUGUCUCCAGUGGAGAUAGACAGUGAUAGUGAUGAGAGCCUUGUGGAGACCGCAUCUUCUUUCCAGGAUACAACACACAGUUCCCGCCUCAUACGGAUGCAAAACAGUGGUACAGGUUCUCCAGGUGUAAGAAAAAGGAGAGUUCAUCAAUGUGAUUUUGAAGGAUGCAAUAAAGUGUAUACCAAGAGUUCACAUCUAAAAGCCCACAGACGGAUACACACAGGAGAAAAGCCGUAUAAAUGUACAUGGGCGGGUUGUCCUUGGAAAUUUGCCAGAUCAGAUGAGUUGACCCGACAUUUUCGUAAACAUACGGGCAUUAAGCCUUUCAUUUGUACGGACUGUGACCGAACCUUCUCCCGCUCAGAUCAUUUGGCUCUUCAUCGUAGGAGACACAUAAUGAUGUGACAGUGCCUUAUGGACUUUGUGGCAUGGUGGGAUGGAAGGCAACUUUGAUUUUUCAUGUAUUUCAUGAAUUGUUCUCCAGUAUCUCAGCUCCUAGUGCUCACUUUUAUUUUCAAAACCUCUGUCAUUUAAAUAUCUUUUCUGAUCUACUUGUCUCCUCUUAUUUGUUUAUAUGCUUCAAGUCCUGCCCUCUCCAGUCACCUUCUACUGCAGAAAGCACAAUAUUGAAGAGACCGCUUUCUGCUCCACCAGCAUCUUGUUUUCCUUUUGUCAUCCAAGAAUAUUAUGGAGGUAUACCUCCCUAUAUCCCUUAGACUUGGAACAUUAAGAAGUGAAUGCAAACUCUUUAUCUUAAUUUGGGUGAUUUAAGAGGAAUUGAAGCACUGAAUAUCUGUCCUCACUUAAAUGAAGCUUCAGGAAUGACAAAAGCUAUUCCCAUUGACAAAAUUAGUUUUUGGAUAUUAAUUGGAAAGUUUGAAUGCAGAUUAUGCACAAACUCCAAUACAUACAUAAUGCAAAUGCUAUAUCUAACAUGUUACUAUUUAGCAUUUAUUUCUUAUUCAUCUCUUAUCCAUAUUAGUCUCCAUACUGUAGUUAUACUGUUUUAUCUAACUCUGUCUUGUUCCUUUGUUUUGUAUAUUUUUACAGUCUGCAAAAAUGUUUGUGUAUGGAAAUUUAGAUACAUAUAUAUUUACAUAUAAAAUUAUUACACAGUUGUACAUGGGUGGACAAAACUAUAGAAUGGCCUAAACUGAAAAGCAGGGUAUAAUCCAGUUACAGUUUUUACAAAGUAUUCUCCUGU